CCUAUCCCUUCCAUCCGUCUCACCCCAAUUCGUCCAGCCGCCCUCCACAUUCGCACCGAUCCUCACUGCGGGCGCAGAUACCACGCGUCGAAGGCGCUCUCCGAGAACACCGACCUCCUCGGGAAGUGCGCCCCUUACUCCGCCACGAUCUGGAAGCGUUUCCGGAACGAAGUCUGCGCCGAGUGCUGGCGCUACGACCGCGGUCGAAAGACCUUCCUCACCCGCAAGGACGACGAAGGCUUCCAGCGGCCCGACGCCCCGGGAUCUGGAGCCAGCGGUGUGACCGGAGCCGGGCUCUCGUUCUGCGACGCGCAGUGCCAGCGCAGCUGGAUCGACCGCGAGGGGCUCGACGCCGUCGCUGCGCUCAGGCGCCUCGAAGCUGCCCGCCAGAAGAAACCCGCCAAACCGGCCCCCGACUCGCCCCAAGGCGCACCGUCCGGGCAGCCCACGGACGUCACCCAAGCGGCCGCAGACGCCGCCUGGGCCGCCCUGUCCGCGCAGGAGAGCUCGCCGAAAGCGGUCCGGCGCUGGGCCACCCUCCAGCUGGACGACUACGAGGCGGACAUGGCCCGAUACGUCCUGCUAGCUCUCCUCCGCUACCUCCGCGAGCUCCCGCCGCCGCCGCAUCCUCGACCGCAUCCGGCCGGGGCUGCGAUGGGCGCAUCCUCCCAGGCAGAAGGACCGCAGGAGCAUUGGUCGAACGACAGAUGGGCGACGUUCGCGUCGCUGCAGACCAAUGAGCUCGCGCUUCUACGGGCGUGCCCCGGGAUCUUGGAACACCAAACCCUAGUCUACAGCGUCCUUCGCGCGCGCUUUCGCCCGAACCCUCAGACAAGGUUCCCAGGCGGGACAGAUGUGGGAGGGCAGUCUUCGCUGGCAGAUCUUGUGACCGUAGAAAACAUCCGGACGAUAUUUGGCGUAGACCCAGGAAACGCGUUUGGGAUCUGGGAGACGCCGCUGAUGGAAGAAAGCGAGUGUCUCGGGUUCGCGGUGUACCCAAUGGCGUCUUUCUUUAAUCAUAGUUGCUCACCGAAUGUGCGAAAAGAAAGACAAGGUCGAGUACUACGCUUCGUCACUACCUCUGGAGCAGACGACGGAGAGGAGCUGUGCAUCAGCUACGGUCCAAAUGUGGAAGGCAUGGGAUGGGAGACUCGUCAAAAGGAGCUUUUAGAGGGAUGGUACUUUGCGUGCCGGUGUGCGCGUUGCGUCUCCGAAAUGGUGAGGAGCGGGAACGAAGGGAUUGGGCGAUAA